AUGACGCGCCUGAGAGACGUCGCUGUCUUAUUUGCCGGCUCUGUUGUCUGGGCGCAGGAUCCCCAGCAAAUCCUUAAUGGAGGCUCUGGGCUGUUGACAACGCCAUUGGGCACUCAAGCUAGCACACUGGGCUCAUGUUUGAUCGGCUCGGCGUGCCAGAGAGUGGGCAAGAAAAUCACCAUCGACGAUAUUGUCAUCUCCACCGACGGUAAUGGAAACACAAAGUGUUGUCCCCUGGGCACCACCUUCAACGGGUCCAGCUGUGUCUAUCCCAAAUCCACUGUCUGUCCUCCUGACAUGCACUUUGCAAAUGGUGUUUGUGUCCUCACCUCUGGACCUGUCUGCGAGGACAAAAACUUGGUGCCGACUAAGGACGGCUGUGCCUCAAAGGUACCGCCCAUCUGUCCUCCAGAUACUAUACUGGAGAACGACCAGUGUGUGAUGAAGAAGGAACCAACUUGCCCAGGUGGAAAGAAGAUUGUGAACGGACUCUGUACUGUCGACCAAGUACCUAAAUGCCCUCAAAAAGGGUUCCAUGCCCAGGGUAAUCUCUGUGUCUCGGAAGAAGGCCCAACAUGUCACCAAGACUGGCUGAAGGUGGUCGAUGGCAAGUGUGUGCAUACCAAACAGCCCAGCUGUCCAUCGGGUACCAAACCAAGCGGGUCAGGCCGGUGUAUCUCUGAGCAACCCCCAUCCUGUCCAGCUGGGUUCACUGUUUCCGGCGACACAUGUUUGCACCUUACCGGGCCGUCUUGCCCUUCCGGGUCUGCGUUCCGGAACGGCGUAUGCGAAUACAGCAGGACGCCUUCCUGUAAUCAAGGAACCCUAAACAAUGGCGAAUGUGUGGCCGACAGUCAGCCCGAAUGCCCGCAGGGUUUCAAACUCGAUCAAGUCACAGCUCGUUGCCUGAGACGGGUUCAACUCAACUGCCAGGCCGGAUUUGUGAACAGAUGGGACCGCAUCAAUGACAAGAUAGCGUGCUGCCCCAAAGACUUUGGAGAAUUCGAUGGCACUUUUUGCACCAAGGACAACACAGGCUCGGUUACAUGCCCCUCCAACUCGGAACUUCGUGACGGUAAGUGCGUCACGAGCCCGGGAAGCCAGCCAGAUUGUGACGGUGGUAAGGGCUUCGUUGAGAAGGGCGUCUGCUACAAGAAGGAGGAAGCCUUCUGCCCGAGCCCUCUCAAAGCCUUCAAGGAUAAGUGCGUCUACGAAACGGAUCCCUACUGCGCCGAUGGCAAGCUAUCUCCCAGUCGCAUGGAGUGCAUUGUUGAAGGCCCCAACUGUCCAGAUGGCUCAAUUGUUAUCGAUGACGAGUGCGUCUCCAACGUUCACAUACCCGAAUGCCCUAGCAAUCUCAAGCCCAAAGACGGCGCUUGUGUGGGCGAGCCCACUCUCAGCUGUCCACCUGGAACCAUCAGGAACGGUGAAUACUGUAUCUACGAGCAUGUGCAGCCUGGCUGCAAGGAUGGCCUCUUACUAUUGGGCUCUCAGUGUGUUACUCGUACAACUGCCAAAUGUCCGGAUGAUACGAUGCCGGAAGGGGAGUACUGUGUCUCUAUGAAGAACCCGAUCUGCCCGGAGCCCGAUUACAUCUUCUCACUUCAGAGACGUGCUUGUAUCCACAAGUACAGACCAUCUUGUCUCCCUCCUUUUUACCUAAAGAACGGACGGUGUGUUAUCGACAACCAGCCAACUUGUCCGCCGGAUACAGUUCGUAGUGGAGACACUUGUAUCAAGAGGGCCAACUGUUCCGGGGACUACACCCUAGUCGGAGAUCGGUGCGUUUCCAACAAGGGCCCAGAAUGCUCAGACCCCUCCACCGAGUUCGAUGAGAAGACGGGCCAGUGUGUCUCCCGUGUCGAAACCCCUUCCUGUGCGGAUGGAAGCGUCCUCUCCAACGGCAAGUGCACUUUACGAGCCGAUUGCCCUCCCAACACCACCCCAAUGGGUGAUUACUGUGUUUCAUACCAAAAGCCGGCCUGUCGGGAUGGUUUUACCCUCGAAAACGGCGAGUGUGUCCUCAAGAAGGGGCCAUCCUGCCCACCUGGCUUUGUCGCCCGGGGCACGGACUGCUUCUCGUCCAAGAAACCUAUCUGUCCCCCAGACAGUAUCAUGGAUGGUGAUCGCUGUAUUAUUGGGGUUAACCCAGACUGCAUCAUUCUGGGCACCUGCCCUGAAAUCGCUUAG